AUGGGAGGUGGUGAAUCGAAACCAGAGGUAGUAUAUGAAGAGCGUGUUGUAUACAGAGAACCAUUCCGUCCAAAUACCCCACCGUUGGUUGAUCCAUGGCGAAAUAUUAAAGGCUGGACGAAUUCAUUCAGUGAAAGCUUAUUGAGUGAGAUACAGGAAAAUAAAACUGGCAGUGUCGAGGUUAAGAACCCAGGUCUGCUGCUUCUAGGACCAAUUAAUGCAGGAAAGUCAACAUUUGUCAACUCAAUUUGUAGCAUUGGAAAGGGAAGGCUUGUUAACAAAGCGUACACUGGGGCUGCAGGGACGAGUUUAACAACUUCAUUUAAAAGGUUUAGAGGGGCAGGUUUUCUUAGGAACUUUCGUCUUUGCGACACAAUGGGUGUAGAAGAUGGCGAAAAUGAAGGUUUCCAUGUCAGUGAUGUAGUGAACCUAAUCGAAGGGCACGUCAAGGAUACUUACAAAUUCAAUCCACGACAUCCGUUGACUCCUGAAGAUCAAGCCUAUAACCCCUGCCCACAGGCAAAGGAGAAGAUACAUUGUGUAAUCUUUGUAAUUGAUGCCGCGGCACUUGGUUCAGGAUCAAUAUCGAAUGAUCUGAAGAGAAAAAUCCAAUGUUUGCAAGACGAAAUAAAAGUGCGCAACAUACCAAGAGUACUCAUACUCACGAAAGUGGACCUCCUAUGUGAAAAGGUUCUUGAGGAUAUUCAAAAUAUUUUUAAGAGCACAAAAGUUCAAAAGGCAGUAAAAAGGGCAGCGGAAAUUUUCGCUAUUCCAGAAUCCAACAUCCAUCCCUUAAAGAACUACGAGGGAGAAAUCGAAAUUGAUCCGAUCAUCAAUAUCCCAUUACUGCUCGCACUGCGGCAGAUUAUGCAUUUUGCAUCAGAUUUCUUAGAAGAGGACGAUGAAGAUUCUGACUGAUUUUGUUGAUUAAUAUGUUUGAUUUUUUUUUAAAAAUUUAAACAAGUCUUAGAAUGAAAUCAAUACAUAACAUGUGAUGGUUUACAAAACUUUAGAAUCUUUCGAAAGAUAUAUGUAUAUAUUCAUUUUUUUCUAUUUUUCUAUCUUUUUAUUUAUUUUCUUUUCUAACAUAAACACACUCUUUUACUUCCAAAACUCUAGCUAUCCAUCAAAAACAAGUUGCCUGAUGCAUAACAAAAAAAGCGUUAUAAGUCAAUAUAUUAAAGAGGUAUUUUUGCGAAACGGAUCUUAUUUAUUCUGAAAUAUAGUAAUUCGGUGGUAUUCAACAAAAUCAAUAUCGAAUAUCCGUUUCAGUCGUUAUACUGUUGAAGGAUAAAUGAAUUGACCAGUUUUUUUCCAACGAAAAGAGAAUUUAGUUUUCGGUUUUGUACUUUGCAGAUAAUGAGGACAUUAUUUAGUACGUUCACGUUGUAGUGUCAACCGUGGAACCCUAGAGCAUCUUCGGGUCAAGUAUCAUUUCGUUGAUUCGCCAAUACCGUAAUAACUGUGUGGUAUUUGAUAUUUUUGCUUUAUUAUUUUUCAACAAAUUUAAAACAUUUAAGAAAUGUCUACUUUUAAGAAAAAUAAAAGUUCCGUUUAAUGAAUACAUGUAGAACUUUAACUUGAUAAAUGUCAUGACAUUCUGGAAACAAGGGGCUGCGUACAGGUCAGUUUAUGGGUCCUGCCUCAAGGUUUGUUGAGUGUCAGUUUGAACUGAAGUGGGUUAUUCAUGUAGGCUGUAGGACCAAAAAUAUUGCUCCUAAAUGUUUUAUAGGUAGGUUAUGGUUAUUUAUAUUAAGGUCAGUUUGUAGGUUUUGCCACAAGGUUUGUUCAGGGUGAGUAUAAGCAAAACUGGGUCAUUAAUGUGGUCUGUAGGUUAUUUUACUUAGGUCAGUGUAUAGGAAUUGCCACACAUUUUAAUGAGUGUGAUUAUUAAUUAAGUCAAGUCUAUCAUGCGGGCUAAAUGACUAUAAAUGUUGUUUUUAAAUGUUUUAAUUUUAAAGGUGAAGGUCAUAUAAGGUUCAAGGUCAUCUAUAUAUAGAUCAGUUUGUAGUUCUUGCCAUAAGGAUGGUUGAGUGUGACUUAGAUCUAAUCUAUCCAUUAAUGAGGGUUGUAGGCAAAAUGGUAAAGUCUGGUUAACCGUACGGAUGGACGGACAAAACGGAAUGACUGUUCAAUUGCUAUAUGCACGGGACAUAAAAACUGUGAGUUUGUUAUCGAUUUGAACAAAUAAUAGUAUUUAAAUUUUGUAAGUGCGUAUUUUGAACGACAUGAAUUAUAGCACGAGCUACGCAUGCUCAGGCGACUAUCACCAAAGAAACCACUGUGUUAGAUUUAAAGAAUGAAAAUUAGUGAAUAACAAAUAUUUUAAUAAAGUUGCAAGACUACAAUUAAUGGUAUAUAUCUUUGCGGCGUCUUUAAAGUACUUGAAUGUAAACAUUAUUAAAGUUUUAAUUACUUAUACAAUUCCACUGAUCUGUCAAUCAAUAAACAAACAGUUUUCAAACUUCCAAUUCUUUUGCAGUCUAUAUGGAUUUAGAAGUUGUUUUAUUAGUCAAAAACGUGUGAUUUUUUUUUGCAUGAUAGACGUAAUGGAAAGGAAACAAUGUAAGAUUAACGCAGAAUAAAAAAAAAGGUCAGACAAUAAAAAAUCAUUCUAAUUGCGCCUAUAUAUCCUCAUAUUUUGAUCGUUAAUACCGUGUGUCUCUUUAAGGAGGUAGGUUACCUUAAUAUUUGUAUGUGCGCAUGUCCAACCGGAAGCUAACGUGACGAUUUACGACGACGUUUACGACAAACUAAAUGUGUUUGUAUGUCCAUUCUUCUCAAAACAAAUUAUGAACCAGUCUUUGAUCUGAUGCUUCAUGGUUUAAUAAUGCAGAAAUAAUGAAUAAACUGCCGCAGAAACGCUUCAAAACUAUGUUGACUUAAAAUGACGUCAUUGACGUCAUAACGUUACGUGUCAGUUACCGCGCAAAAUUAAUAGCUUUUAUUUUGAAAGUACGUAAUUCUGUGCAUUUUCUUUAUUUGAACUAUUUUCAAAUAACCAUUAUUUGCUGAAAUAUUUUUAUGAGUCUUUUGCUCUGAAUAAUAGUCCAUCUUUUGCUUCUUUUAUGUAGUUAUAUUGAAAUGAUAUGCGGAAUGUAAGAAAAAGGAUGAUGGUAACCAAUGUUAUUUGGAAUAUAGUUGGGUAAAUGGUUACUUGUUACGGCCAUUUUCAAAUAAAAAAAAACUAGCAGUUUGAUUUGUAGCACCUAUUUUUCAGUUUCCGUUGAUAAUUUGUUACUUACAUACUAAAACUAAGAUCUAAAAUGCCAAAUUUCAGUAAAAAAUUAUGGUUUCUUGAAUUGAAUUGAUGUUACCAUGGUUACAAUGGAAACAAAGCCCGUGACCUAUGUAUCUAAAUAUAAAAUUCAAAAGCGUUGACAUUGAUCUAUUUAAGGAACACAGCUUCAGCUUUUUAUUUUCAUUUCAACAAUAUCCAUGAGAAUAACAGCAGCAUGCUGAACAAUUUUUCUAUGAAAAAUGCCAGACGAAGGGUACUGAUGUAAGUAUUUUAAGCUGUGAAAUUUGUUUGAAUAAAUGCAAUAAACAAGAAAAUAUAACUUACGUUAGAAAUAAUAUGUUUUCAAACUACAUUAACAAGAAAGAUAAUUUUUAGAUAUAAUAAAACUGCUCGAAAACGGAAAUCUUAUGUCUGUGGAGAAAAUAUUUCAUGAAAUAAAUCAUGAAAUUUAUUAAAUAUAUUUUUAAACUCUUUUGUAAAAUAUCAAAAUUUCUGUAUGACAUUUUUUUAAUCUAUUCCACACAAUUGUAACAUUAUAACACUUCCAGAAAAGGUGUUCUAUACGUUCCACUUACAUGUUGCAGAAGUCACAUAAGUUGGUCCUGGACUAUUUAACUUUGGACAAAAAGAUAUUAGUUGGAAUUAUUAAAUAUUUAUACUGAAAGAUUGCGGUUUCCGUUGUUGCUUUAAAUGUUUUACCAUAAUUUUAAUCUUGCUUAUAUCAUAGUUUCUAGAACCUGCUCAUAUUUCUUUUCAGACUUUAUUUUACUUUUAAUUGCCUUAUAUGUAGUCUGUAGAUAGAGUUCCCGUAUUAAAAAUCAGU